CUUUGCAUCGAACACUGUCUUGAACCUGGCCUGCUCACGUGAUGUGCUAGAAGGGGUGUGUUCUGGUAGUUUGAUAAUAAAGAAAAAGCUCGCAGGGUAUUGCUCGUCACAUCAACAUGGAGAUCUUGGGGCUAGUGGACGUCCCGCUGUAUCUGCUUCUGGCAGUGGCGGCGGCUGUGCUGCUCUAUAUAUAUGGAUCCUGGAACUUCAAUUACUUCAAGAAUCUCGGCAUCUCUGGACCAGCACCAUAUCCCCUUGUUGGGAACACCUCCUCGUUGGAUUUCUUCUACAAAUUCAAAGAAUGGAACCGACAAUAUGGAAACGUAUAUGGGAUAUUCAUGGGAAGAAAGCCAGCUUUAGUUAUAUCUGAUCUGGACAUUCUGAAGGAGGUUUUUGUCAAGAGCUUCAACACUUUCAGGAACCGGAUGAAAUUCCCACUUGUGACCUUCCCAUUAAAUUUGAGUGUGUUUUUCUUGGACGAUUCCGACUGGAAGAGAGUGAGAGGUAUAAUCACCCCUAGCUUCAGCGGCGGCAAACUCAGAAAGAUGGCUGCUGCCAUCAACGACUGUGCAACGACUCUGUCAAGUAACUUCUAUAAAGCCCUCACGAAAAAGGAAGGGGUGAUAAUGAAAGAUUAUUUCGGAGCUUACACCAUGGACGUCAUUACACGGACUGCCUUUGGUAUCAAGGUUGAUUCUCAAAACGAUUUCAACAACCCGUUUGUGGCUAAUGCGAAGGUGAUACUGUCACGAUCAAAUGCAAGAGGUCUACUACCAAUAGUAGCAGGAAUCUUUCCUCCAAUUGGGUGGUUCAUCUCCAAACUGGGGUUGGGAGUCUUUAGAAAAAGAGCCAUUACCUUUUUUCAAACGACUGUCUCGGAUAUGAUCAAACAACGACAAAACGACACAAAGGAACAUCGAGAGCAAAGAGUCGACUUCCUGCAACUUAUGGUGGACGCUGAGGUAGAGGCAGAUAGAGACGAAAACGGUCAGAUCUCUGCGAAACAUACAGUCAAACGUCUAUCAACAGAUGAAAUAGUUGGCCAAGGGAUAAUUUUCUUCAUUGCUGGAUACGACACAACUGCUUCGACACUGACUUUUGCGUCGCACAGUCUCGCCAUGAACCCGAAUGUACAGGAGAAGGCGUAUAAUGAAAUCAAAGAAAUGCUUGGAAAUGAGGAACCCAACUACGACAACAUAGGGAAACUGAAGUAUCUGGACAACGUCAUCACCGAGACGCUCCGACUCUACCCACCAGCUACUGCAUUACAUCGCAGAGCUUCUGAGAAUAUUCAGAUCAAAGGCUUGAAAAUCACUGAGGGUCAAACUGUCUUUAUACCUGCAUUCGCCAUGCAAAGAGACCCUCAGCUCUUCAAGGAUCCAGAGUCCUUCAAACCAGAAAGACAUGAUGAAAAGUCCAAUCCGCUGUCCUUCCUGGCUUUCGGAUAUGGUCCAAGAAUCUGUAUUGGGAUGCGGCUUGCUCUGGUGGAGGUUAAAAUAGCCCUUGUUCAUGUUCUGAGAACUGUGAAGUUUGAACGUAUGCCAGACACACAGGAAGUAUUGACGUUUACGACAGGCAACCUUCUUCAGACAGAAAAGGACAUCAGACUGAAAUUAUCUCCCAGGUGCUGAGCAAGGCAGACCGUCACCAGCAGGUCAUGCAUUGUCAAUAAUAUGGAGAGAACCCAUUGUAUCAUUUAUAAAACUGUAUCACGAAGAGGGGUCAAUUGUGGCCCACUGUAUAGUGCACUGCAAUUCGCCGUGUAGAGAACCCAUUGUAUCAUUUAUAAAACUGUAUCACGAAGAGGGGUCACUUGUGGCCCAGUCGUAUAGUGCACUGCAAUUCGCCGUGUAGAGAACCGUGUAAUGAAGAAUAUUUUCCAAAAGAUCAAGGCAUAAUAACAAUUGAUUUGAUAUAAGGUAAAUGUGUGACAGUGAAUUGUGAUGUGAUAUAAUACAACCAUGUUUCAAACAGGAACAUGAUAAUGCAUAUUCUAGUGUCGGUGCAUUGAAUUGCACAGUGUAUGCCAGAUAGUUAUACUUACUUAAUGUCAAUACUACAUUAAGAUAUAUGUGACGUGUUUAUCUUACAAAUAAUAUAUGUCCAAAAUUUUUAAUAAAAUCAAUUAUCUUUGCCUAAUCCGUUUUGCCCACUCUGUGAUAGGCCAUAGCAUCUCAUAACACAUUUCACUUUGCUCCCGAGUAGAUAUGUUCAUUAUUUGAGUGUAGUGAGUGUGGCCCAGCAGAACCGUCUUGCCAAUUCCAAACCGAGGCGCCGCUGUCCGUCUCGCCCGACCCAAGCCGAGCCGGCCGAACUGGCGCGCCCCUCUCGCCCGACCCAAGCCGAGGCAGUUCGCCCGUCUUACCUGCCUUUGGCCGAGCUGGCGUGCCCCUCUCGCCCCUAUUAUCAACUCGAAAGGCCUGUCAGAUCAUAUUACAGGGUAUUACUUCGGUAGAGGCGGGGCCUUUCAUGUUGGUCUUCCAGGGUAAGUAAUCCAAUAUUUUGGAUGUUGGAUAGGCGAUGCAUACAUGGGAUAUCACAAUAUAACAAGGCUUCAGGUUAUGAGAAUGUAUGUUAAAUUGGUAACCCCCUACCGUCUUUUACCAUGUUUCAAUCCUCAUGCAUGGUUUCACCUUUUAUUAUCUGGGCUGGGAGAUAUCUUAUUAUCCUGUAACAUCCAAACAUGGAGUUCAAUGUGCCGACUUAAGGCUAGUCAGAACUAACAUUAAAGCGGCUCCCGGACCCUAAUGCCUAGUUGGUUGUUUAUUGUUCAAGUUGGAUUAUAAACGAAUUAAACUAAAUAAACAUGAUGAAACCAAAA